CGUAAGGUUUCAUGCCUUCUUAUAAUAAACCCUUCUCUCAUAGCAAUACCAUCCUUAAUUAAGUAGAAGUUGCCGAGUUGCCCUCCGUUUCCCUGUGGGCUUAAGUAGCCCUACUUCCGUCAAUCUUCGGACUAAACUGUUAGACCUUUACUCCAAUUCGAUGCCCUCAGCCGUCUAGACCACGACAGCACAAACACCCUCCUCUAGACAGCUAACAGAAAUCUCCUUGCAUAUUAUGACAUUCUGCCCAUGGGUGAUGGGCAUGAUAAGAGCUGUGUUUAGUUAGUAUUCUCCUUAAAUCCUGGAAAUGGCGGAAGAUUUGUGUAUCUCAGCGGCAAUCUGCAGUCGGAUACGAACUCAGCGACUGCGAUCGGCGCCUUUGCGUUUGGAUGGCAUGCAUAAUAAUAUUUGGAUCACGACUUCGGGAAUGUUUGACGUGCACUCUUUGCGAUGUCUGUUGGGAAACAUGCCCCUUGAACCAGUUAUGUUUAGCGUCGACUAUCCGUUCAGCGAUAACAAGCUUGGCAGAGAGUACUUGGAAACAAUUCGAAGGGAGGAGAUUCUUGAUGAGGAUGGGAUUAAGGCUUUUGCAUCUGGGAAUGCUCGCAGGUUAUUGUUCAGGGGAGGCGAUGGAGCGAAGGUAUGAUUGCAUGGACUAUUGGUAAAAAAUAUAGCCAUGUCAGAGAGAGCGAAGAGAGAAUUGCCAAUUUUGCUCGCCCUCUACUAUGGAAGCCCA